CGGCCUUACAACAGCUACGCUGCGACCAACCGUUAAUCUGGAACGAACGAUGGAAGCGUCGUCUCCCCGAACAUCAUCGUCGUCAUCGUUGUUGUCGUCGUCGUCGCGGAUGAGUCGAGGCAAAUUCGUGAAGAAGGUGAUGGCGCCGGCAAUCGAAGGGAAGUCGUGUCCGAUAUGCUUGAGCCACGUGGUUGAUCGGAGAGCGGCGGUGAUCACCGUCUGUCUUCAUGCCUACUGCUUCCGAUGCAUUCGGAGGUGGAGUGAUUUGAAGAGGAAAUGCCCUCUCUGCAAUGCUCACUUCGAUUCUCUGUUCUACCGCAUUAGCCUCUCUUCUCAAACCUUUCUCAAGGAGAAGCUGCGGCCUCUCGCGGAGGGUGGAACGGUCAAUUUUGGAGGUGAAAAUGCCGCCCGAAGGGUUAUCAGAAGAUAUUGGGAUGAAUCAAACAGUGAUGGCAGGAGAACAAGGCCUUUGCCAUGGCGGCGAUCUUUUGGUAGGCCAGGAUCUUUGCCUUCCGAUGUUGUUGCUGAAAGAAUUCUUCAGUGGCGUGCCAGCAUAUACAGCCAAGGUAUGCAGGCUGUUCCUUUUUCUCCCAGGAAUCGUCUUAAACAGAAUAUAUCAGGAAAUAGCAGUGCCAAAGAAAGAAUACUGCAGAGGAUUGAACCAUGGAUUCGAAGAGAGCUGCAUGCUAUUCUUCAUGAUCCAGAUCCAGCUGUUAUUGUUCAUGUUGCAACCUCGCUUUUUGUCUCAAGCCUUGAAGAGAGCACUCCUUUAGGAUAUCUUGGUGGUGAAGAUGACUUUCUAGCACCUCUGCGAUCUUUUCUGCACAACCAGACUAGUACAUUCUGGCAUGAACUUAGUUGUUUUGCAGAGAGCACAUUUAACAUGGAAACGUAUGAUGCAGUGGUUAAAUAUGAACCAUCGGGUUAAGUGUAGAAGAAAGAAUUCCCUGCAUCUCUUUGUUUGUUCAUGGCAUCCAGGGUGCUAUGCUGGCAUCAAUGGCACCUUAAGGUUUCAUGUGCUUUGCCUGUCUCAGCUUUGAAACCCGUCUCAUUGAGUGGAGAGUUCAUACUUUUGUAUGAAUGUUGCACUGGUGUUCUUGAGGUUUUAGCAAGAGCUGUUCAUCAGUUUUGAGUAAUCAGCUGAUCUAUCUUUAGCUUAAGGAUGGGGGUGAGGCGCAUAUGCCUAGCAUGAAAUUUGGAGUUUACUAACGUGGUUGAAAUGCCCUAGAUGAUGGGUCGAAUGAAGAUCUUAUCAAGGUUGAUGGAAAUAAUUGAAGUGGAUAUAUAUUCAUCAGCGAAGUAGGAGCAGGAAGGAUGAUUCCCUGUUAGCAGGGUGCUCAUUCAGCAGAGCGCAUAUUCAGCAGCUUCCGUGGAGUUGGCAGCUCUUCAAGAAUGACCAAUUCAGGCAGGCCAAAGGUGUUAUCCCGAGCUGGAGAUCACAUAUUAUUGGAUCUUCUCAAUUUUAUAAGGGCAUUUAACCCUUUUUAUCAAACAGAAUUAAUCAGUAAUAUUUGUAUCUUUGCAUGCACAAGCUCAACCUUUGGAUUACUGCAGGUCCUGAGUGCAGUUUAGACGUGGGAGGACAAGACAAAUGUCAUAUGCGGAAAUGAUUCUAAUCAUCAGUAUCUCUGCUUACAGGCUGCUUUGGGACCCCAAAUAUGGUACAUAAGAUCUCAUGGGUGGGAAUUGUUAUGCUGCAGGAAAAAUCAUGUUUUUCUUUUUCUGUCAUCAAUCCCUUGGCAAACUCAAUGUUGUAUUUGUGGUUCACAAGAUUGCAUUUAGCCGUGCCAAACAUUCACGCGUGCAGGAAUGAUGCAGUGAAAUUAAGAUGGGUUAUAAUAUAUAUAUAUAUAUAUAAAAAA